AUGUCAAUGUCGUUCGAUGAAGCCGCCACAAAGGUGAAGUCACUGAAGACAUCGCCAUCAAAUGACCAGCUCUUGGAACUGUACGCACUGUUCAAGCAAGGUACAGUUGGCGACAACACCACUGACAAACCUGGCAUGUUCGACAUGAAGGGCAAAGCAAAAUGGAGCGCAUGGGACGGCAAGAAAGGAAUGAGCCAAGACGAUGCCAAGAAGGCUUAUGUUGAAUUGGUGGAGCAGCUUAUCGCCGCAAUUGGUCUCGCUUAA